ACAGGAAAAGCAAGAUCAGCAGCAUUGCAGAACAUGUCGUCGGCGGCUGCCCUCUCCUCGUCAAGAGCUGGCGAUGAAUCUGAUCACGUAAUUCUUCCACCGCCGACGGCCUUGAAUCCGAUCCCUUCUCUCCCGGCCGCCUUGAGAAUCGACAACAAAGAACGGUUUCUGGAGCUUUUGUUGAAACACCCCUGUAGCGAUGGCGUGGAUAUUCCCAGUGCCGUCGAAUAUGGGACGACAGCGGAUGCUUCCUUUCGGCAGCUGCUGGUUUUUGGAAAAGACUCCCUCCGAACAUUACUGAUGCGACAGGUUCUGCAAGAUCCGCACACCCGAACCUUUGGGAAAACCGGCGGUGCAAAGGGAAGUGCCGCUGCGAGUAAAAACAAGAACUGGGACGACUCUACCUCGUUUCCUUUGCCAAGAAGCCUCCAAACGAACGUGGUUGGGACCAAGGUCUUGAUGAAACAGAAGACCACAAGCACCAAUGCGAAUGAUCAUGCGAAUGCGAACGACUAUACCGCGCUCCGACAACCGCGGAGUCGAACCACGUGGUUGGGAGCAGAAGAACUGAGCGCCAACGCCAGCGGGGCAGUAAGCAACAGUCAAAAAGACGAGGAUCUGUUCCGCCAUCCCGACGAGCUUUUUCAGCACGUGGACGUCAUCUCCUACUUUUUGCGGCCGUGGGAUAUCGACCAAACAAUGGCUGUCAUCGGUCGCAUCAAGGGAUGCGCUCUCAACGCGGUGGCGGUAGCUUCGGAAGGCACCAAUGACGGUACCGGUCUAACGAGAACCCACAAACAGCACCAUCGGAUUGUCUACGUGCCGCAAAUCACGGCGUUGUGUGCCCAGGUCCUCAAGGACCACCGCGUCUACAACCCGUCCUCGCCGAAGGGGAGCAGCAGUGUCAGCGUUUGUAGCCUGCAGCUCGAUUUGUUCCCCCUCGAGACGGAUCUAAUCAGUUUGGAAUACGAGGAUACCCUAAAAGAGGCUGGAAACGUUGGAGGCACACCCUCGGGGAUGAUCGAAACAACCUCCCGGGCCCUGCGCAAGCUUCAGGACGCCGUGGGAAGAAUCCCGCGCAUCCAGUCCCUGGGGAUCUGGGGAGAAGAGGUCCUUGCGAAACUACUGAAUGAGACGGUCGAUGAGCGCUAUGCCGACGAAAAGGAAGAAAACGGAGAAGAGAAAAUCAGCGAGGACGAGGAAAACGAUGGCGACGAGGAUGCUGACCAUGACUUCGAAAACGAUGACAACGGGACGGCGAUGAUGCUUUUGGACAGACGCUUGGACAUGGUCACGCCAAUGGUCACGCCAUUGACCUAUGAGGGCCUCCUCGAUGAAUUGGUUGGAAUCGAUUGCGGAUUCAUCGGUAUUGCGGAGCAGAUCAUCAAUCCCUCCGAGGACGAAGAGGAGAGCGGAGACGGAAAAAAGAAAAAGGAGGAUAACAAAAAGUCCAACAAUCCAUUCGAAACCGACUCGUCACCAACAACUUCCAGCAAUCCGUUUGACGACGAUGCGCCGGAUGCCAUCGAAGACACAAAGAUUGUAACGCUGGGCGUUCAUGCGGGGGACAGCCUCUUUGCGGAGGUUCGGGACCAGCACGUGGAACAAUUCGGGAGUUUUCUCCAGAACCAAGCGGUCGCUCUCAAGGAAAGCCACGCAAAUUUUACUUCGCGCGAGACCAAAAAGGAUCUGAACGAAAUACACACCUUUGUCAAACAAAUUCCUGUGAGUAUUUGUCUUUUAUCACUAUUGGAAGAUGAGCUUCGGUAGAGCAGCUUGCUAUCCAGGAUAGUGCGCCAAGACGAAUGCAGAUCCAGAUCUAGAGUAUGGCUUGUGAUGUCUUUUCGCUACGUAUGAAUGAUGUUCUCACAAAUGAUAUUGUUUUUGUUUCAAUUUCGUGCAGAUUUUUACACAAAGCUUGCGGUCUCUGACUAAUCACAUCCAUUUGGCGGAGCUCAUCAAGGCUACCACGGAAGACGUUGCCUUUCGUGAUCAAUGGAACUCCGAGCGGGCCAUGAUUGAAGGAGAAUCAUGCUACGAUAUACUUGAGGAACGAAUCUUUGAAAAUUAUCCUCCCUACAAACUGCUGCGAUUACUGUGUCUCCAGUCGCUCACAUCCGGAGGGAUCAAGGCAAAUCGGUACGACCAGCUGAAACAAUACAUCGUCCAGGUCUACGGAUACGAGUUCCUUUCCAUCCUCCACGAUCUAGAAACAAUGGGAUGGAUCAAAAAGAUGGAAGGAAACCUUGCCACUAAUUUUGUCAUGGAUAGCGCCAAUAGAUCUUUGUUUCAAAACAUCAAGCGCAAUCUCAUCCUGAUCCAUGCCGAGGUCAACACGGUCAAACCGGACGACGUCUCCUAUGUCAGUUCCGGAUACGCGCCACUCACUGUGCGAUUGAUUCAGUCGGCGAUGCAGGGGUGGCACACACCCGACAAGGAAGAUAUUUUGAGAGAUUUGUUUCAAAUGAUGGCCUCGAACAACAGCGGCAGCGGUGGCAACGGCAGGCUCUUGGACGUCCGGCAGACCUACCCUCCCCGCGAUCUACCAACAACCUUGCGAAAGCAGCGACAGUCGAAAUCCUCGUCCCGUCUCGAGCCACUAGGUGCCUACGGCAAGAAGCGCACAAAUAGCAAGAAGAAACCCACGCUGAUUGUGGUAUAUUUAGGUGGGAUUACCUUCAUGGAAAUCGCAGCCCUGCGCUUUCUUUCCAACCGCGAAACCUUUCCCUACCACAUUGUUGUAGUAACAACCCGUGUGUUGAAUGGAAGCAAGCUCAUUCAACAAAUGGGUUAGUAAGGUGCAAACGAAUAGCGCUAUCGACGAUGGUAUGUAGAGCCGUUGCGUAUUGUGCUUGGUAACAGCCACUGCUCGUGACACAAACGAGACCUACCUCCCCCCUGACCACACGAUGCUCAAUUCCGUGUUCUGCGUGAGGAGACCAAAAACGCAGAUUACAAACAGGCGUCUUGUUUUCUCCUAUGGUUUCUGCGUUACAACAUCUACAAAUGUGCGUUCCGUAGAGGUUAGAACUUUUAAGA